AUGGCCGGCAAACAACCAACCCCAGCACCCGCAACACCGGUGCCAAUCAGCUGGCCAUCCCACAUACCUUACCUUACAGCGCCCUCUUACUCACCACACCUAACCCCCGCCCACCUCCGGGCUCUCCGCACCCGCGCAGCGGACCCAUCAGACCCGCUCCCGGAAAUCUCCCGCGACCUCAAGCCGGGCCCGUGUCCGUCAGUCCGCAUCACCCCGAUCACCGACCCGGCCCACCCCGCACACGGCCAAGCCGGCCUCUUCGCAACACGCGACCUCGCACCCGGCGCACUAAUCCUCCCAUACCUCGGCGAAGUGCACGUCGGCACGGCGCCGUUCGGCCGCCCACCCCAAGGCGGCGGUGGCGGUGGCGACGAUUACGACUACGCCGGGUCGGACUACGACCUGUGGCUGGACCGGGAGGGGGACCUGGCGGGUGGACGCGGCGCGCGCGGGGAACGAGGCGAGGUUAUGAGGAAAUGGGAAGAAGAGGAGCUUUUAUCAAUGGAUGGCUCCGGCCGCGAUCUCAGCCCUGGCGACCUGAAACCUAGGCCUUCCAUUCUCAGAAUGCCCCACGAUCACAGCACCUUUUCAGGGGCACGAAGCUCCCAACGACCCCGCCAUGACGACAGCGGGGCUGCAGCGGCUGUGCCCCACUACCCGCUCGGCAGCAAACCGCCAUCAAUCAACCUCGACCGAAACUUCAUCUUCCAACUUCGUGCCAUCAAGCAAUCACAAACAACCUCUGAAAAUGGACCCGCCUCCACCACCAUCGUCAAUCCCCCAACCCCAACCACAAGCCCACCCCACACCCUCCUCAUCUUCCACACUCCCCGCAAAACCACCGCCGUGCUUCCGUCACCUCACCAUCCUCCCCCCCUCACAAGCCCACCCCUUCACAAACCCCAAAAGAAAAUCACCCCCGGAACCGACCUGCUGCACUUCCUCUCCUCACGUGGAAAAAGAGAAAAAGGCACCUGCACUCCUGCAACUCAACCGCGCCCUAUGCCGCGCAAGACCACGGCGGCAUCUCAGAAGUACCUCAGGGUUGUGAGGAAGUUGAUCUUGACAUAUAACCUUGAGCCGGCGGGAUCGCAUGGCGUAUGGGGCCUCGACGACCAUUCCUUUCUGCCGUACAUCUUCGGGUCGGCACAGCUUACACGACCUAUCACCGAAGCCGAGCCCAUGCCGUUGGAAGGCUCCCUUCCCGGCGCACCGCGGCCCUCAGAUGUCGCCAAACCCGCCACGGUUGACCUCUACCGCGAGUCCAACAUGUACUUCUCGGCCAUCGGCUUCAUCAACGACGUCAAGACGGGUCCGUUUUGGGAGCACAGCCCGAUCUUGUUUGAUAUCUCGGGCAUCAGGGACGGCUGGGGCAAGAUCAACAAGGGCAUGAUCAAGAUGUUCAACGCUGAAGUGCUCUCCAAAUUCCCGGUUGUUCAGCACUUCCAGUUCGGGUCGCUGUUUUCAUGGGACCCCGAUCCGGAGGCCGCUGUGCCGGCGCAGACGGUGCACUUGGCAAACCAGCCGAGUAACGUCAACCCCUCCCCCGCCGGGAGCGGGCCGGGGACUGCUGCCCCCUGGGCGCAAGCUACAAAGAUGCCCGGUGCUACCGCCGGGGUGCCACCGGGACCCGGAAUCCCGUACUCGAGGGCGCCGUGGACCGGUGGGGGAAGUUCGGCGCCAACGAUGCCGAGGGGGGGUGCCCCGGAUGCUGGGCCGCCUCCGCCGACGGCGUUUCCGCGGGGCAAGCCGGGGACAGCGAGCAACCAGUUUGCCGUGACCAAGGCACCGUGGGCGAAGGAUUAA